AUGUCUUGGCCCCUUUGUUUUUGUGUUUUUCAGCCUCCACUUUUUGAUCGUUUGCUUGGCCUCCUAUCCUCCCUGUGUAUUCCACUUAUCUUUGGCUUCCCCACCAAAUUCAAACAAGAUGCUCCGGAACCAGGAAGGAUGUGUCCUAGAUGUAACAACGCUGCCGUCGUUGGUGGUAAUUCAAGGACAUGGUUUGAAUUCUUCUGGGUACCUUUAAUCCCGUUCAAGAAGUCUAGAGUAUGGAUAUGUACGACAUGUCAAUGGGAGAUGAAGCAAGGUGAUGGAUACGAUCCACAACCACCUCAACAUGGAACAGGGAACAGACCACCACCACCCAGCCAAAUGCAUCAUCCUGGAUAUGGUCAACAGCAGGUAUAA